AUGACCCAACGAAACAGAAACGGCCGGCGGAAAAGCGAUCCUGCGCUUCCAUUCCGUCCUGCUCCGGAGAAAUUAACAGUGGCAGCAGAGCUCCCAUGGGGUCUCCCGAAAGUAGUACCGGUGGUGGUACUGGACUACAACCUCCCAACUGGCUCAUUCGCAGGCCAAUCGGUUCUCUUGGAUUUAUUCAGUCUCUUUGAAAGAAAAUUGCAGUCUGUGACUGAAGAAGAGCCGACCGUUGAAUUUCACUUGACUGCUUGUGAACAGCAGGUCAAAUAUCUUCUCGAUAGCUCCUUUCAACAAGUACAAUAUAAAGAUCCCGCUACGUUGGGGGUAAAUAACACGAAUAGUCUAGUCGUUGCUGAAACUUACGCAGAGGUGAUUGGUGUUUUAACAGAAACUCACUUCACUCAGAUCCAUAAACAAUUUAUGAGUAUAUUAUCUGAUCUGAGAAAAGACACUUCGGCAGCUGUGACUCACAACUUGAUCUCUCUUCUCAUGGCUAUGAAAUUCGUUAAAAUUAAAACAAACCAGGUGGACGACUUUGAAAUGGGAAUUAAGUUCCUGGACGACCUUGGGUCAUUUCUAUUGGAGGUGAAAGAUAAGGAUGUUAAACAUGCCGUAGCUGGCCUUCUUGUCGAGAUCCUUCUACCGGUCGCUGCGCAAAUCAAACGUGAAGCAAACAUUCCGGCCUUAAUUGCUUUCGUUGGCAAAUUGUAUGGACCAACAAGUGAACUGGCUUCAAAGAAGCAACACAAGCUGGCUGCAUACCCUCUUCUGACUUGUCUGCUCUGUGUGAGCCAACGCCAGUUCUUUUUGACUAACUGGGUACCUUUCCUGAACAAUACCCUUGCAAAUCUGAAGAAUAGAGAUUCUCGAAUAUCACGCGUGGCUCUGGAAUCGCUAUAUAGGCUGCUAUGGGUUUACAUGAUUCGCAACAACUGUGAUGGUAACUCGGCGACUCGUACAAGGUUAGAAUCGAUAUGUGGAAGUCUGUUCCCAAAAGGCAAUCGUGGGAUUGUCCCUAGAGAUGCACCUUUGAACAUCUUCGUCAAGAUAAUCCAUUUCAUAGCUCAACAGAAGUUAGACUUCGCUUUCAAGGUGAGCUUCUAUAACGUUCUUGGGUUUUCAUUG